GUGAAAAUUGACCUGUUCGUCUAGUGAAAAGUUGAACAAAGAAAGCGAGAAAUGUGUGCAGUUUUCGUGCAAGGAAACUACAUCAUGGACACCGUUAUUGUUUGUGCAAGAGAUACAUAAAACAGGAUUUAGAUCGUGAGUUUUUUUUGUUCUUUAAUCUUUGUGGCUAAACAUAGUGCAUUUCGGUAGUAUUCGUGGGAACGUUUGCGUGUUAACAACACGACGUGAGGAAUGUAAUGUGAGCGGAACAAAGCCUCUCUAGGUUUGUGUUACUAGACUAGGGAUUAUAUUGAUCAAAGUGUUACGGAUUUCUAUUGACUUAUGAUAAGGCGUCAUUUGAUAACAGCAAAUUUCCGUUUUAAUAAGGAAAUUUGCUUUGUUGGAGUACUGAACAUUUUCCAUAAUCAUGAGUUCAUUUGAACAUCAUGCGACUGUAGACAAAGGUUUAAAAAUGAAAAUUAAACGUAAAAAUUUAAAUGCAGAGAAAACUGACAAGUCUAAAAAAGAACAAAAUAAAUCAGAAGCUUUGAAAAGUGAUUCAAAACAACAAGGUGACAGCUCUCAGAGCACAAAUGGAAUGUUAACAGAUAAAUCUAGUAAAUUAUCUUUAAACAGUGAUAAAGACAAGUCACCAAAAUCCAAGUCGACAUUAGGAAAAAAGGAUAAAGGAAAGGGGUUGGUCAAAGGUGAAACUUCAGCGUGUACAAGCAACUCCAGUAUUAAUGGUAUUGAGAACUUGUUUAAUCAGUCAAGUUCAAUGGAGCCUAAAUUGGGAGAAACGGCUACAGGGAAAAAGGAGUGUGUCCCGGACCCGUAUGAAUUUAAUGCCAAAGUUGAGGACGGCAUCUCCAUGCCAAUAAAGAAAAUGAAGUUAGAGAAAGAGAAGGUGGAAGUACCAGGGAGCAUGGCGACCACAUCCGCUCCUUCCACGUCGCAGGGGUCACAAGAUGCUGCCACAGAUACCCGUGAUGUUGCUAUAGUUACAGACCCUGACUGUCUCGGCCCAUGUGAGCCUGGCACACAAGUGACACUAGAAGGGAUAGUGUGGCACGAAUCAGAAAAUGGUGUCCUGGUUGUAAAUGUGACCUGGCGUGGCAAGACCUAUGUUGGGACCUUGUUGGAUGCUACCCGCCAUGACUGGGCACCGCCAAGGUUUAACUGUGAUUCUCCAACAAUGGAGUUUGAGUCAAGAACACCAAAAGGUCGAGGAAAAAGAAGAGGUGCAGCAAAUACCCCUGUUCAAGACACAAGAACUUUACGGAAGGGAAGACGAGGCAGCAAUGUGCAGACUUUCACAGCACCGCCAAGUCCAGCAAAGUCUGAUAUAUCAGUGGGCGGAGUUAAAAGGAAAGGACGUCCACAAGACAUUGACUUAUCAGCUGCUGAGCAGCGCUGUUCUAAAAGAAGUAGGUCAGGGUCACAGGCUCCAACGCCCAAUAUAGAAACUCCACCAGCAGAUGCACAAGGCUAUUUGGAAUGCCCUGAACCCAAAUGCAAUAAAAAAUACAAAAAUGCCAAUGGACUACGAUAUCAUCAAUCGCAUGCUCACUCUGGCUCUAAUUCAAAUGCAUCAGCUGAUGAUGUGAAAGAAGAAAUGGACACAGAAGACAUCCCUUUAAGUGUUGUUAAAAAUUCUGUGAGAAAGGAGAAAGAGGCUAAGAAGGAAAAUAAUGCAAACAAAAAGGAAAAUAAUAAAGAUAACGGACAAGUAUCUGAUAAAGGGAAGUCUGAUAAGGUUGAAAGUACAGCAAAGAAAGUUGAUAAAGAGGAGGUUAGUAACGAUGGUAAAGAUGCAGAAAACAAAAGUGAUUCUAAAUGUGAUAACUCAAAGAAGAAAGACAAUAGUACAAAUAAAAUACCAGUGACUCAAAAUAAUGGGAAAACAUCUGGUUCACAGAAUGGCAUUGCUAAAUCAAGCAGUAGCAGUAAUAUAGCAACUCAUGUCUCAGUUUCUAGUCAAGUAACUUCUAGCUCAGUGCAAACCAUACCUAGUCAAACAUCUGCCUCUUCCCCUACAACAUCCACAGCCACAUCACUAGUUCAAUCUGUGUCUCAGGGUGAGAAAAAUGACUCAAAACUUGUAGAUAUAAAACCAAAAAUAGCUUCAGAUGCUCGUGUGACUAAAGCUAAUAGGCCUAUUAUUCCGGCACCGAGUCAUCAGGUGUUGUCCAACGUUCAAGUCACUCAUUCAAACAUGUCACCAGUAAUGUCUCAUACACAGAUGUCACCACAGUUGAAACCAAUCCAGCCUAAGCCGACUAUUAUGGGAGAACCCCAAAAUAUUAAUCCACUUCUUGCAGAUCUAAAUAAAGAUCGCAAAAAGCCACAAAAGAAGAAAAACAAAGAUGGUGCAGGGAAUGGGAACAAUCAAAGCAAAUUGGAACAACCAACAAUAAAGAUAGAAAGAAGUGGCGUGAUUAAAACAAAUCCUAUGCCUAAUAAUAGACAACAACCUGACCAGAGUAAAAGAGAAGGUAGUGGGGUGAAAGAACCUCCCAGACCUGGCAUUGGAGAAAUACCUAGAUCUCAUUCUCUAACGCCACACCAGCAUAAAAGUGUAGAUCUCUCACAUUCCAGAAGUAGUCACAAUCCAAAUCUUCUUAAAGUUGGUUCACCACUUCAAGUGAACACUCCAGAUAACCAUAAAGGCGCACUUAAUGAUGAUGUCCAAAGUCCAGCAUAUUCUGACAUCUCAGAUGCAAACGAAUCUGCUUCGCCAGCAGCACCUUCUGACACAAGUCCACAGAAACAGAAAGAGGACACUAGUAAUACAAAUAAAAAGGAAGAAAAACGAGAGGCAACUCCACCUCAGCAGACAGAGGGUCAGAUGAUGCCUCACUAUGGAAUGUAUUCGUACUAUGCCCAGUCCCCAUACAGAAUGAAUGAAAUGUCUCCCGGACAGAAGAGCACUGGCUCGAACAGCGGAGCUCCUGCACAGAGUAAUCCGCCAAAUCAAGAGGUGAAUAAGAAUCCGUCAACAGUUGAAAAGAAAAAUACUGAAAAUCAGCCAAAACUUGAAAAGAAGGUUGAAGAAAAGGACAAUAGUGGUUCAAGACCUAAAGGCCCAAUGCAGCCGAUGUCGGGGCCCCCUCCAGGUAAUCUAUCCCAGCAGCAGAUUCAUGAAUACCAAAUGCAGCAAAUGUACCAGCAUAUGUACAUUCAAUCUUUGCCCCAACAUCUGCAGUAUCAGUACAUGGUGAAUGGCAUGUACCCAUCUAUGGACUCAAAUUAUAUGAGGCAAAUGAUGGAAGAUCAACAGCGAAGGGCACAAUCGGGGGAAUCUGGUAGGCAAGACAGGGAAGGUGGGCAGGGGCCAGAUAGGGAUUCAAACAGGGGACCAGAUCCAAAAGGGCAAUCAAAUAUGGGACCUUCAACAGGAAAAAAGGAUGACAGUGGCAUGCAGAAAUCUAUUGUUUCACCAGUACAAAGUCAGAGUGUUGAUAGAAGUGAAAAUUUGAAAAGUGAUGAAAAAGUAUCUGGUAUGAAAGACCAGUCAUUUAGAGAGAAACAAAAUGAAACACAUCAGAUUCUGAAAGAAAACAUUGACUUGAAAAAUGAAAUGGAUAAAAAUCGACAUGAUUAUGAACGGUAUAAAAAGCAGGAUGAAGAAAGGAGGAGGUAUCAGAUGUACCAAGAGCAAAAAAUGAUAGAAGAAAGGAAAAAGAUGGAAUUAGCCAGAAAAAGUGCAAAUAGACCAGAAAACUUAACAUCUAAGGCUCCUGGUACUAAACCAAUCAUUGAACAUAACCAGAGGAAUAUGUCAUCAGGGCUACGUGCAAGUGUAGAAUUACAAAGUGCAAAUAUGAGGGAACGGGAUAAUAGUCAUAGUGUUAAGCGUGAUUCAAAUAGUAAUGACUCCAAAAUAAAAGAAGUGCGAGAUACUCAAGUGAGGGAUUUAAGUGCUAGUAAGUAUUCAGAUUCAGGUAAACCUGGCGAUGAAAAAUCAAGGACUCCUAUACCUGAUAAACAUCGGUCAGAAACUCCGACCAGGAAUCCAGAAACGCCUAAACAAAGGCCUGGUGGAAGUAGUUCUAAAUCAGGUAGUCCAAUGACAUCUGCUAGUUCUAGUGUACCUGGUUCCCCUUCGUUUAAUCAAUAUGUGAAUAGUUACCCAUAUAUGCAACAUCCUAAUUAUAUGGGAAUGGACCCAUCUCACCCCAUGUAUAGAAAUCAUAAUGUUAAUCCAGCUCUUGUCAGUGGAUAUCCUGGCAAUUCUUACAUUCAUCCAUCUCAGAUUGGAUAUAGACCUUCUGGGGAUGAAGAAAAGGAUAAAUUAAGUGCUCAAAAAUCAGGCCCUCCUUCUAGUGAAAGUGACCUGAAAAAAGGUGAUGGAGGGCAUGGACCUUAUUAUAGUAAUGUGCACAAAAUCCAUGAACUGUCAGAAAAAGGACAGCCCAAGUCUCGGAAUUCUUCACCGGGACCUGUCAAACCCACAGAUAUUUCAACAAGUUCAUUUGAUAAACAUAGGGAGUUUACGAAUUCACCACCAACACAGCGGCAUGUGCAUACACACCAUCACACGCAUGUAUUACAGCCAGGCCCUGGCCUGCCAGUACAGGCAGGACCUCCUCUUCAAGGGCCUCCUGGGUUCUCUCCAGUAUAUGAUCCAUAUAGUGCUAUGUUUGUGAGCCAGGCACAGUCACCUCACCCAUUCCCACCGAAAUGAAAAUUGUCAUAAAAAAUAUGUGCUGGAUAUUCAGUGGUGUUGCAGUUGGCUUAGAAGAGAUGCAGCACAGAACAGGAUAGUUGUCAUUGUCGACUUGACAACCUCAUUGUCAGUAGGAUGGAUUACCCUUGUUACCAUGGCAACAUUUAAGGUUGUAACAAUGUCAUGUUGCCAACAUGAUGGACAACAGUGUCACCAUGGAAACAUUAAGAGUAGCAUCUUGUUGCUUACAUGAUGGAUAGCAAUCAGUGUCACCAUGGCAGUAUUCAAGAGGAUAUUUUAUGUUGUCAGCAUUAUGAAUAUUGGCAACAGACUGAGAAAAUGAAAACUGCUGACAACAAAAUGUUAGCUGGAAAUGAGAGGAGUAUUGAAAUCCAGUUGUAAAACUGCAUUGAUAAAACUUUGGUCAGCACUAGUUUCAUGUUGGAGAACACUGAGGAAUUUUGUGAGAAGUAUGAUUGAGUACUGUCUGUGACAGCACAUUAUAGUCACUGCCUAGAGAGAUAAAUGUGAUAUAUGUUAUAGGCAUUUAAUCAGCUUGUAGAUAGUGUCAGCAGUGCACUGGUUUUGAGAAUAAUAAGUAAAGCCUUGUGAAAAAACAGGGAAAAGUGAAAUAUGAACAAAACACAAGCAAUGUUUGGUUUAUCAGUAUUAAUUUUCAUUCACAAAGCAUGAAGAAAAGUGACUGCAUUCUUGUAAAAAUGCAUACAAAAGCAAACUAAUUUGUGGAGUUUAGUGAACAAUGAAAAACAGUUUAAUGUCAACGUAUAAAAAAAGACAGCCGAUGGAAUAAAUUUGAAUAAUGAACAAAAAAAAAACCCUUAAUAUUAUGUAUUAUUUUUCUGUAGGUAUUGUUAUAGAGUGAUCUAGACCCCAUGUAUUGUGUUACAAUAUAAUUACUUUAAGACUUGUUAUGUGCAUGUUAUAGCUAUAUUAUAAUUAUGUAGGUCUGAUUGAAAAGAUUAGAGCAAGUUAUCAUUUAUAUAUAAAAUAAAUUUGAGAUUUUAACAAUAUUUUUCUAUUCAUUUUUAUGUUAGUUUAUUCUUAACAAGGAAAAUAUUUUCCCAAAAUGAUCAAUAACGGUCAAAAGUCAAAACCUUUAACAAUGAUUUUCGAGUUCAGCAAAAACUUCUGGGUGAUAUGACUCAUAAGAAUUUUCAUGUUGAAGUGUUAUAAUUAUUUUGUUUGUACUGGAAGUUUCUGUUUAAGAUCAGAUAGUGAAUUAAAACUGUAUUCCUGGUUGUAGAAAAUAAGAUUGUAUCUGAUAGGAAGGCAAUAUGAUAUUGACUUUAUCUGAGAAGGAAAUAGAUCCAUUUGAUCAUAUUGAUAACUUUGCCCAGAGAAAUACACUAGCUCAUUGUUAAUUACAAGUUUGGUUGUUUUUGUAAUUAAGGCCUAAUGAUACAUAAAAGAAAGGAAUAAAUACCUUUAUGUUAACUGAUAAAAAAUGGAAGUCUCAAAUAGUUUUUCAUGCUAGGCUUUGUUUGAAUAUAUUAUAUACAGCCUGGAAAUUGUUCCCUAAGCACAACACAGUUACAGUAGGUGGUAUUGGAAGGCAUAUAAUUGAAAAGAAUGUCAAAUAUGACUUUAAUUUCCUGGUUUAAUAAUAUUGCUCAGUCAAUCUACUUUGUAUUGCUCAGUUGGCUGGUUAGUAAGUAUCCUUCAGUCGUCCGGUUGGUAUUAGGAAAGAAAAUAAAAAAAACCCCGCAUCAGCUGUUUCUACUUCUAAAAAGCUAUCAGAAAACUUCAUUGCUGGAAAAGUUCAUGAUUUCUUUCUUCUCCAAAAAAUAGUUGGAUUGAUUAAUAUUGAUUUAAUGCGUUAAUUUUAUUAAAUAUAAGUGUGAAAUUGUUGUAGCGAUAUAUAAAUGAUUAAAUAGAUAGAACAGUUUUGUACUGAAUUUGAGUAUGUGAUAGGCAGAUGAAUAUUUGAAUAAGGAUGGUAAGAUACCAGAUAAUAGCUAGAUGGGUUUAUCAAGUUUGAAGAUGAGAUCGACAGCAGGUGACAAUAAGUGAUAAUGAAAUGAGAUAUUGUGGAUAAUAAAAAUAGAUAGGUGAUAUUUUAUGGAUUUUGCUGUUGGCAAGCACAAGUGACAUUCAACCAGAUAACAGGCUGGGGUGAGGGCUGUAAUUUACUACAGUCAUUAGAUAGAUUGCCAUAUGAAGCUGUUUUGUAAAGAUUCUUUCAGUUAUUACUGCAGCUCAGCAUGUAAAAUCACAAAAUUUUGCCACCAGAGUUGCAGUUAACCAACCAAAGUUAAAAUUCCUCUAAAAAUAGUUUUAACUUUAUUAAUUUAAUAGAUACUGUGCAAUUCUGUUGAAGAUUGUGAUAACAGGUCCCCAUUAUUUAACUGAAGUACUGUUUGAAAAUACCCAUUAAACCAUGUUGAAAAUAAACUUUUAAGCAUUUUCAAGUUUACACCUUAUCAAAAUAAACUUUAAAUAACUUAGAAAAAUAAAUUGAUUUUGUUUACAAGGAGAACAGAUUAAAAUGUUUAUUUCUAUAGGCGUACUCAACAACUGUAUAAAUAGUACAGGUAAUAUAAAUAUAAGCCUAUUGUAAACCAAGACAUAAUUAAUUUAGUUUUUUCAACUCGCUGGAGUAUAUAUCAAAGUAGAUAGGUAUGUAUUUAAGUGGUAAAAUAGAAUAGAUUCGCACAAUAAUGAUCCCAGGAUAAUAGUGUUAUUCUUGUGCUAUGUAAUACAGAAGUUACGUGUCAGAUAUAAUUUACGAGGUUUUAAGCUGGCAUGAAUGCUAUGUAAAAAGUGUUUCCAUUGAGAAUUGUAACAUUUUCCAAAGCUAUUUUUUUAUGAGCUACUUGAUAUUUUGAUAGAAGUUGCAGGCUUUUUUUUUCUUCUGGGAAAUAGAUUGAGAAAAUAUAUUAAGAUCAUUAUCUAUCUUCAUAACAGCUAGAGUUGAUAGGAGUGCUUUUAAAUCAAUUAAAAUUUUAAGAUGUGAAGAUAAAAUCACAUUAAAUGCAAGAUGCAUCUGUAAGAAUAAAUUGCUUUUUUAUUAACAAUGUGACCCAUAGGGGCAUUUUUAUAGUCUCAUUUAAUACAUUUGUAUUCAAAUGGUUCUUUGUUCAAGUUAGAUUGAAGUUAUUACAUGUACUUUAUUAGAACCUUGCUUGUUUUGCUGGGGCUGUAGGUGUUGGUGAUGUUAGGGUUACUAGGACUGUAGGUGUCUGUAUUACUGGGGUUGUUUAAAGAGUUUAAGAUGAAAUUGGAUCACUUGCCCCUCUCUCUGAGGACUGAAGUCUGUUAUGGUUCAGUGAAUGCAUGGGAGUUGUCUAGGGACCUGUUCCACACAAGGUCACAAGUUAAAUCACAUGUUUAGUAGGAGUUUAACAACUGUUUGAUAUUCAGUAUGCUCAAAAUUAUUUUCUGAUCUCUUUGAAAAAGGAUGUUACAUUUUAAUAUUGAAAAAAAAGGUAAUUGCCUUAGAGGUUUUUUUUUUAUAAAUCUGCUUUACUACACUGAUGUGAGUAACCUUGAAUGUGAGCAAGUUAAGUAUCAUUAAUUGUGGAAACUAAAACUAGGAAUGAUUAAUUUUCAACAUGUUAUCUCAGACAAAAUCUGAGCAUUUUUAAAGUAUAAUAUUCUUUAACAGUAGGUGAUAAAUACAAUUAAACCAUAAAAAGUAGCAGGUCUAAAACACAUCUGUGCAUUAUUAUUAUUUUAAUCAGUAACAGCCAUUAAUGUUACGCUGUUCAGAAUAUCUGUCAUUGCAGAACAAGUAUGGCAUGCACCAAGACCAUCGCUAGGAGAUUUUCUUCUUUGUCAGAUAAAAUGCACAGUCUCGGUGAUUAUCGCAAAUGCACUAAAAACUAGGCUUUCAUGAUUAAAUUGUCCCUUGUUGAAUUUUCAAUAGGUUAUAUUGCCCUGGGUGGUGAAAGUAUUGAACAGUUUCUUCAGGGGAUAACUCAUGCAUGCAUUUGUCAUUGACAAUUUACAAUUAAUGGUUUAGUAUGGCUGCAGGGGUAGAUUUAAAUCAGAAUUAAUGAUACAGCAUGCCUUGUUUGAAUAUUGAAAUUGGAGAAGUCUUGAAAGGUCUUAGUUUGAGAGAGAAUUUAAAACAUCUUUACAUAGGGACAGAUCUUGCUUUAGAAACAUCCAGUUACACUUUUAUGAACUUGAAAAUGUGUAAAAACAAGUUUGUCAUUUAUAGUGAAAUAGUGCAGAGAUUGAUUUGUUAUUUGAAGUUUUCAUGUUUUAAUGCAUUACCUAAGAAAGAUUUUUACUCUAGGUAAAAAGUUGAGUGUGUAAACUGUGUAGUAGGGCAUUGUAUUUGAACAAGAAUAUCAGGGCAUUUUGUUUGCAGGCGAAGUAUAGGGCACUGUAUAGAGAAAAAAAACAAAAACAAACAAGAUACUGUUGUAUUUUCAAUACAUGUAUCAAGGCGAUAUUAAACCCAUCAUAAAAAAGAUAGGGCUGUUAAAAGCUUUAAUAUUGAUUAAAGACAUAUGUUACACUUUGAUAAAUGUUUGAUAUAAAUAUUUCAAAUAGUAUUGCCUCUGAUAUUUGAUAGUCUAAGUGGAGAUAUAUUGGCAAAUAUCUGGCAGAUAAAGCUAGAUGAUAAAGGCAGUUUACAGGAGUAACUUGUUUGUAUUAUAUGAAUGUGCUGGUAUAGAUUAGAGCUGUGUAAACUUUCAAAGGUUAAUAUAAACAUAGACUAGUUUGUUUGUAUAAACAGAAAAAUGUGCUAUUACCAUUUGUAUAUACAUUGUGCUGUUAACUGAAGAAUUAAAGGUUUAAUGUUUUCAAUAGGCCUACAUAUUCACCAGUGUUUAUAAAAUUUUGAAAUGUGGUAUUUGCUCAGUGAACAAAGGCAUGUAAUUUAGUAAAGCUUUUCACAAAAGGAAAAUAACUGCAAAAAGGUCAACAAAGGUUCGGCCUAAUAUAUUAGCUCUACUGGAAUUGAAAAAUUGCUGCUUGUAAUAGUCUGAGUUUAUCUCAGGAUUGUCUGGAUUGGUGAACAUGACCCAUUGUCCUAGCUUAUCAGUGUGUAAACAUCAUUUUACUUGAAAUAUGGCAAAAAUAGGUAAUCUCUGUUUUUUAUAAGGUGGCAUAUAAUGCUUUGUGAUUGCAAAGAUUUUCCUAAAGAUUCAUUUGUUUAUAUACUUUCUACAUGUAAUGUAAAGGAUACCGUCUUAAGAUUUUAGUUCAAGUGGACAAAAUUUCAUAAUACUCUGCCUUAGAGUUUUUUUCUUUGGAAAAGAAUUAUCAUACUACAACUGUGUAUAUUUUUAUUAUCAAAUGAAAAACAAAACUGAUUGAUUUUUGUUUCAUCAUGUAGUUGUUAGACAAAUCAGAAGUGUGAAAUAAUCAUUAUUCGUUUCAAAAGUAAAUAUAUAUUAAUAACAAGCGUCAGUUGCUUUUGCUAACAUGUUCCAUGUUGGAAUAGUGAAGUUAUUAGCCUGUAAGCCUCCAGGGAUCAACUGCACUAAAAUGAGAAAUAUAUUUCUGAAGAGACAGACUCAACAUCAAUUUCAGAACUGAAUUGAUUUUUACUUUGUGAAACAUUUGGAGUUUGAUAAAUGAGAAGAAAACUUCUUGUUUUAUUUGUAAAUAUUAAAAGCUCAGGGCAAAUCCAUAGAUAAAAUAAUUCACAACAAAAUCUAUGUUUUGAUCUACAGGUAAACCUGUUUCUAUGGAUACUGUUCUAUCCACCUAAUAGUUUGUUGAGACAUGGAUUACUAUAUCGUCUUAAUUUGUUCACUUGUAUUUUAUAUCUACUAUUUUUAACACAGAUGAUUUGCUUUCUUAGUAACAGUAUAACUAUAGAAUAGUAUAUUAUAUGAAAAUGUUGUUUUUUUUUUAAAUUGUAAAAUAGAAUACUGGCAUAUGAAUUUCUUAGUAUUAUUUGUGACAUGCAUGUUAGGGCUGCAAUUCUUUGCUUGUUUUCAGGUAUGUCAUACAAUUAUAGUGUGGCCAAGGGCUGUUGUAUGUUUAUACAUGUGACAAUGAAUAAAUUUUAGACCGUUACUAGAACUUGAUCAAACAAAGCAUUAACACCCUGCAUGUCUUUAAUUCAAUGAAUAUAUUUCAUUCCAUGUUUUCUAAUCAUCCCAGCACUGUUAAAGCUUAGGACAAUUUAGUUUAUUUAAUGUAUGCAAAUCAUGGAUAUGAUUUACUGUAUAGCACACCACAUAGUGCAUUGUUUUCACUGAAAUUAUGUUUUUUCUUUGCCAUAUUAUUAUGCAGAACACGAUAUAAAUAGUUAAUUUGUUCAAAA